GCACAGGGUAAACACUCGUGUGUCCUCGAGCUCUGAGGGAGGGACGGAGCUAACUGUCAGAGAGAGAGAAAGAGAGAGAGAGAGAGAGAGAGAGAGAGAGAGAGAGAGAGAGAGAGAGAGAGAGAGAGAGAGAGAGAACAAGCGAAUGAGAAAGAAGGCAUGCAACACUGCUUUGCACUGUAAUACUGGAUUGUACUUCAACUGGAGCGGUUUGGCAGCUUUAAACACAUCAAAACAGAACAAAGAGACAGACUUUGCAGCACCAUAAAAGAAUCUCGAAAAGAAAAGAAAUAAAGGAACGACGCAAGUGAAAUUGCUGCGGCUAAAUAACAAAGGAAUUGAGGAAGAACCGCGUUUAAUAUUUUUUUCUAUCGGUAACGGAACAUGCGAUUGGACUUAAUAUUUCAAAUAACAAAUUGCAACUUCUUCCAGCGCCACAACUUUUUUGCGGGACAAAGUUUUUGAACGAUUUUAAAUCUUUCGUUUUCAGCUUUGUUUAUUUGAUAUUUUAAACAAAGAUAUAGAUUGAAGGACUGUGGGACUUCCAAAGGACAUACACCUGGAAUUUAUCGUUUUUUUACUCAGUCAUAUGUUUGAAACAUAUGAAUACAGAGAUUUUUCAAGAAACGGAUUUUCUCCUCUCGUCUACAGCAUCUUUCUCCUGCCUUUUUUAUUGAUGGUGUUCGCCAAAACACAACUCAGACUUUUAAAGUUUGAAUAAUUCAUGAGAGAUAAUUUGCCAGCAUUAAAAAAGUUUCUGCAAAAGGGAGGGGGAGAUCGGCAAACAUAUUCGUAAGGUUAGCGGAAUGGCCACAGCGGCUUCCAACCCUUAUCUACCCAGCAGUAUAUUGUCGUCCGGCUCGAUCGUGCACUCGGACUCCGGAGGUGGGAUGCAGCAGGGCAGUGCUGCGGUGACCUCAGUGUCAGGUGGGUACAGAGGAGACCCAACGGUUAAAAUGGUUCAAAGUGAUUUCAUGCAGGGCGCAAUGGCAGCGAGCAACGGGGGACAUAUGCUGAGCCACGCUCACCAGUGGGUGACGUCCUUGCCUCACGCUGCAGCGGCGGCUGCAGCUGCCGCAGUGGCCGCAGCCGAAGCUGGAUCGCCGUGGUCGUCUAGUCCUGUUGGGAUGACAGGCAGCCCACAGCAGCAGCAGGACGUGAAAAAUAAUUCGGGGAGAGACGAUUUGCACUCUGGGACUGCGCUGCAUCACAGGCCCCCUCAUUUAGGUCCCCACCAGACUCACGCGAGUGCCUGGGGUAGCACAACCGCUGCUCACAUCCCCUCAAUAACUGGAAGCCAGCAGCAGCAGCAGUCCCUAAUUUACUCGCAGACUGGAGGCUUCACGGUGAACGGCAUGCUCAGUCCACCGGGCAGCCAAAGCCUAGUACACCCGGGUCUGGUGCGUGGCGACACCCCGGAGCUUGAUCACAGCAGCCACCACCACCACCAUCAUCACCAGCAUCAACAUCACCAGCAAGCGCAUCAUGGAGUGAAUAACCACGACCCGCACUCCGACGAGGACACACCAACAUCGGACGACUUAGAGCACUUCGCGAAGCAGUUCAAACAACGCCGGAUCAAACUGGGCUUCACACAAGCGGACGUGGGAUUGGCGUUAGGCACUCUGUACGGGAACGUGUUCUCGCAGACCACGAUCUGUCGUUUCGAAGCUCUCCAACUCAGCUUUAAGAACAUGUGUAAGCUAAAGCCGUUGCUUAAUAAAUGGCUGGAGGAGGCAGACUCUUCCACGGGCAGUCCCACCAGUAUUGACAAAAUAGCGGCUCAAGGAAGAAAGCGCAAGAAGCGCACGUCCAUCGAAGUUAGCGUCAAAGGUGCGUUGGAGAGUCACUUUCUGAAAUGUCCCAAGCCUUCGGCCCAAGAGAUAACCAGUCUAGCGGACAACCUGCAGCUGGAAAAGGAGGUGGUGAGAGUUUGGUUUUGCAAUCGGAGACAGAAAGAGAAAAGGAUGACGCCCCCAGGAGUGCCGCAGACGCCGGAGGAUGUGUAUUCUCAGGUCGGCAAUGGACAUUUUUUAGUAGAUUACUUAAAAGAUGCAAGUUUAACUGGGCCGAGCGAACCGGGCGACCAGAGGGUGACAACUACAAGUUCGUUCCAUCAGGUAAUUUUGGCGCAUUAACUUCAAUUGGAAAAAUGAAAGAAAUAUGAAAUGAACAACAAAUCUUUGCCCCCACCCUGUAACCCCAGUGUCUUGUUUGAGAGAGGCAAAAGACGCAGGCAAUUGUGUAUGUUGUUAUGGGACAUUAAACCUCAAACAAAGGGAUGAAAUUCAACCGAACAAUGCGAAGAACAGUGGCAUCCACGA